AUGUCCAUUGAAAGCGUUACGCGGAUAGGCAACAAAUACAAACUAGGCAAAAAGAUUGGUGCAGGUUCAUUUGGCGAGAUUUACUUGGGAUCCAACCUGUCUACGAAUGAAGAUGUCGCCAUCAAGAUGGAAAGCAUGCGCGCGCCUCAUCCGCAGCUCGAAUAUGAAGCGAGAGUGUAUAAAACGUUAGCUGGUGGCGUGGGUAUCCCAUUUGCUCGGUGGUAUGGCAAAGAAGGCGACUACAAUGUAUUGGUGAUGGAUCUGCUGGGACCCUCUAUCGAAGACCUUUUCAACUUUUGCAAACGACGAUUUUCACUCAAAACAGUGUUAUUGUUGGCAGAUCAAUUGUUGUCACGUAUCGAAUACGUUCACAGCAAAGGAUUCAUUCAUCGUGAUAUCAAACCAGACAAUUUUCUGAUGGGUGUGGGCAAACGAGGCAAUCAAGUCAACAUGAUCGAUUUCGGCUUGGCUAAGCGAUUCCGUGAUCCACGCACCAAUGCACAUAUACCCUAUCGAGAGAAUAAGAAUUUGACGGGUACCCCACGCUAUGCUAGUGUCAAUACCCAUCUUGGCAUAGAACAAUCGCGACGUGAUGAUUUGGAAUCUUUGGGAUACAUUUUAAUCUACUUUUGUCGUGGAUCGCUUCCUUGGCAAGGUAUUCGAGCACGCACCAAGAAGGAAAAGUAUGACAAGAUCAUGGAGAAAAAGAUGACCACACCUGCCGAUGCCUUGUGUCGAGCUCUUCAUCAGGAAUUCACCAUCUAUCUCAACUAUGUUCGAUCAUUGCGAUUCGAUGAUAAGCCGGAUUACAGCUAUCUACGCAAACUAUUCCGUGAUUUGUUUGUACGUGAAGGAUUUCAAUAUGAUUAUGUAUUUGAUUGGACGGUGCGUAAGAUGCAACAAGAAAAGAACAAGGAACAGCAGCAACAACCAGCAUCAUCGUCUGCUCUUCAAGAUUCAAAGAAUCAUCAUCAUCACCAUCAUCGACGCAUGACUCCUGCUUUGCCACGUACCAACAACAACACUAGUAAUCAUCAUUUAGCAGCACAACAACAAGCAGCGAAUGCACAAGCAGCAGCAGCAGCAGCAGCAGCAGCGGCAGCGGCAGCCGCCCAACAGCAGCAACAACAACAACCAUUGUAUGCUACGAAUGAAUACUCUGGAUUAGGAUAUGCCUCUGGAGCUCGUGGCUUACGAAUCCCACAACCCACAACAACAGCAACAACGACCAACAACCAUCAUCAGCAGCAGGCCGUAGCCACCGCCAACGCACCAGCAGGUACCAUCCCUACUACCAAUCACCCAGAUGAUUAUCCAUUGGCUUAUGAUCAACAACAAUACAUGCAUCAUCAUCAACAACGUGCUGCUGCUCCUCCUUAUUAUGCGAAUACCAUGCGACCAUCCCCAGCUGCAGCCGCCGCUGCAGCCGCUGCUGCACAACAAUCAGCCGCGCCACCUUAUCCCAUGAUGAAUCCUUCAAGACUCUACGACGAUUAA